AUGGAGAUACCUAACACUAGUACGAGUUCAGCUAAGUCUGCAAUAAGUUAUGAAAUGGAUAGUUCCUCGGAUAGUUCCAAUGAAGAAAUUGACCAACAAGUUUUACGAGAAGCUGGAGAACAAACUAUUAAUGCAGAGUGGUCAGCAACAGUGUCUGCAUUAAAUUCAUCAAACACAACUUCAAGUAAUUCCUAUAUUAAUAUUGAGACAUUAAAAGAGUGUUGUGCUAAUCCUUCAGAUACUCUUAAAGAUAAAGACGAUUUUAUGGUUAUUGAAUCUUCUUCUACUGUUGUAAAUAUAUCAAAUUUCAAUGACACAAAAUAUUAUUCAGAAUGUAAAACUACAGCAUUUCAGAAAAAACACAAACCACUUUCUCAAAACGUUAGUCGUUGUUUUGAGAAUAUUCUAGAUGAUGAUAGCCAAAUGGAGAUAACUCAGAAUAGUAUUUGUUUAAAUCGUUUUCAAAAGCGUAAAAGGUUGAUACCACCAAAUGAUGAAGAUUUUAUUGAAAUUAAUAAUUCCAAUUACAGUGGCUCAAAUAGUAUGGAAGUCAGCAUGAUGAAGUCUCCAAAAUUCAGUUUUUCCAGGAAAAAAAAGGAUCAAUUUGAAAUACCAGAUUAUAAUUUGUCUGCCUCAGAAAGUGAUUCAAUUGCUAAUGAAACUAAUAUAUCUAAAAGGAAAGAAAAUACAUCAAAUUGCUCUAUUGUUGUAAAUGAUAGUUCCAACAAUAUGAGGAAUGCAUCAAGAACAGAAGUCUUUACCCACAAAUUCAGCCUAAAAACAAUUGGUGUAGCUGAUUCUGUUUUUGAAAAUAUUAUCAAUAAUUCAAGCAUUAUAUCUGAUAUUACAUUAAACAACAAGAAAACAUCGUUGAAUGAAACUGCAUUAUCAAAUGUUAACAACUCAUCAGUUUUUAGUAAAAUGGACUCGUCUAAUUUAAACCAUACCUAUGAUAUACCCAAUAAUACUAAUUCUACAUCAGUCAAAGCUUCAAUUGCUGGUGAUGCUGAUAUACCUAAAGUAAAACAAAAUACUGUUUUUAAAAAACCAUCAAACUUAUCUAUUCUUGUAAAUGAUAGCUCUAACAAUAUCAUGGAUGUAUCCAAAACGGAAGUCUUAGCACAAAAAUUCAGCAGAAAAUCAAUUUGUGUACCUGAUUCUGCAUUUGACAACAUUAUUGAUGAUUCAAGCAUGACGUCUAAUAUUGGAUUAAAUAACAUGAAAACAUCAUUGAAUGAGACCUCAGUGUCAAAUAUUAAUAACAGUAAAAUGGACAAGUCACAUUUAAACCAUACCUAUGAUAUACCCACAAAUAUUAAUACUCCUAAAAUUGAUGUUAUUGGUGAAGCUAAUAUACCUAAAGUAAAACAAAAUACUGAUUUAAAAAAUCCUUCAAAUUCGUCUAUAGUUGUAAAUGAUAGUUCUAACAAUAUCAUUGAUGUAUCCAAAACAGAAGUCUUUACACACAAGUUCAGCCGAAAAACAAUUGAUGUAGCUGAUUCUGUAUUUGACAAUAUUAUUAACAAUUCAAGCAUUAUAUCUGAUAUUACGUUAAAUCAUAAUCAUACAUUCCCGAAUGAACAGCUAGUGUCAAAUGUUAAUAAUUCAAUGCUUAAUAAAAUUGAUAUGUCUAAUUUAAACCAUACAUAUGAUAUCCCUACAAACAUUAAUACUUCUACAAUUGACGUUUCUAUUGCUGGUGAUGCUAAUAUACCUAAAGUAAAACAAAAUACUGAUUUAAAAAAACCUUCAAAUUCGUCUAUAGUUGUAAAUGAUAGUUCUAACAAUGUCAUGGAUGUAUCCAAACCAGAAGUCUUUACACACAAGUUCAGCCGAAAAACAAUUGAUGUAACUCAUUCUGUAUUCGACAAUAUUAUUAAUGAUUCAAGCAUGACAUCUGAAUUAAAUAACAAGAAGGUAUCCUUGAUUGAGACGUCAGUAUCAAAUGAUAACUCUCCAGGUUUUAGUACAACGCACGUUUCUAAUUCAAAUCACACCUAUGAUAUACCUAUGAAUAACAGUACUACUCUUUUGGAUGCUAUUGUUGAACAUGAUAAAAAUAUGUCUGAAACUAAUAUUUCACUUCAAAAUAACAGAUCUAAAAGCUUUAGUUUACGUCCACUAAAAUUUAAUUUUAGUAAUAAAUUUGGUCGCCAUAGUCUGAGCUUACAAGAAAACAGUCCAAGCUUUGAUGGAGUAAAGCAACACAACAUUUCAUUAAAUACUGAUUUUAGCAAAAACUCUGGAGAAGAAUCUAAUAUUUUUCAUAAAUUUGCUAAUAAUAGUAAUGUGAACUUAAAGUCACAUCCACACUUUUCUAUAAUUCGAGAAGUGCCACCACUUGAUGAUCCAUUACUAACCAAUACAUUAAAUCAAGAACAACUUCAAUCAAAGCAUUCAAUUAUUUCCAAUUCAAAUAAUAAAGAUUUUUUAUUGUCAAAUACCACUACUGAAUCAUUAGAAAGUAAAGAAUUCCAAACAAAUCAAUCAAAACAUUCAAUAAGUUCUACUUCAAGUAAUGAAGGUUUAACUUUGUUAAAUUCUACUACUGGAUUGUUGGGAAGCUGCAGUUCAUCGAGAACUCAAUCAAGGUUAUUGACAUCAAAACAAUCAAAAAGUUCUACUUUAAAUAAUGGUACAUUACAUUUGACUAUAGAAUCAUUAGACAAAUCACAGAAUGAUAAAUCUAAGCAUUUAAUAAGCUAUACUUCAAAUAAUGAAGAUUUAACAUUAACAAAUUCUACUACUGGAUCUUCAGGAAGACGUAGUUCGUCUAGAAAUAAAUCAACAUCAUCUGAACAUUCAACCAGCGUCAUUUCAAACCAUGAUAGUUUGACUUCAUUAAAUGCCACUACAGAAAUAUCAGUAGGUGGUAGAUCGUCAAGAAAUCUAUCUAAACAUUCAACAAGUGUUGUUUCAAACAAUGAUAAUUUAACAUUGUUAAAUACCUCUAUGGAAUCAUUAAAAAGUAAUGAAUCUCAGAAAACACAAUCGAAACGUUCAAUAAGUUCUGAUUCGUAUGAUGAAAGUUUAAAAUUGACAAACUCUACUAUUGGAUCUUCAGGAAGACGUAGUUCAUCUAGAAAUAAAUCAACAUCAUCUGAACAUUCAACAAGCGAUAUUUCAAACCAUGACAGUUUAACUUCAUUAAAUGCCACUACAGAAAUAUCAGUAGGUGGUAGAUCGUCGAGAAAUCGAUCUAAACAUUCAACAAGUGUUGUUUCAAACAAUGACAAUUUAACAUUGUUAAAUACCUCUAUAGAAUCGUUAAAAAGUAAUGAAUCUCAGAAAACACUAUCUAAGCGUUCAAUAAGUCCUGAUUCAUGUAAUGAAAGUUUAAAAUCAACAAAUUCUACUGCUGGAUCUUCAGGAAGACAUAGUUCAUCUAGAAAUAAAUCAUCAUCAACAUCAUCUAAGCAUUCAACAAGUGCUAUUUCAAAAAAUGACAGUGUAACGUCUUUAAAUGGCAGUAAUGAAAUAUCAGUGAGUAGUAGAUCGCUGAGAAAUCGAUCUAAAAAUUCAACUAGUGUUAUUUCCAACAAUGAUAAUUUAACAUUGUUGAAUACCACUAUGGAAUCAUUAAAAAGUAAUGAAUCUCAGAAAACACAAUCAAAGCGUUCUAUAAGUCCUACUUCAUAUAAUGAAAGUUUAAAAUCAACAAAUUCUAUUACUGGAUCUUCAGGCAGACGUAGUUCAUCUAGAAAUAAAUCAACAUCAUCUGAACAUUCAACAAGUGAUAUUUCAAACCAUGACAGUUUAACUUCAUUAAAUGCCACUACAGAAAUAUCAGUAGGUGGUAGAUCGUCGAGAAAUAAAUCUAAACAUUCAACAAGUGUUGUUUCAAACAAUGAUAAUUUAACAUUGUUAUAUACCACUAUGGAAUCAUUUAAUAGUAAUGAAUCUCAGAAAACACAAUCAAAGCGUUCUAUAAGUCCUACUUCAUAUAAUGAAAGUUUAAAAUCAACCAAUUCUACUACUGGAUCAUCAGGAAGACGUAGUUCGUCUAGAAAUAAAUCAUCAUCAACAUCAUCUAAGCAUUCAACAAGUGCUAUUUCAAAAAAUGACAGUGUAACGUCUUUAAAUGGCAGUAAAGAAAUAUCAGUGGGUGGUAGGUCUUUGAGAAAUAAAUCUAAACACUCAACAAGUGUUAUUUCUAACCCUGAAAAUUUACCAUUGUUAAACGCCGCCACUAUGGGAUCAUUAGAAAGUAAUGAAUCUCUGAAAACACAAUCAAAGCGUUCUAUAAGUCCUACUUCAUAUAAUGAAAGUUUAAAACCAACAAAUUCUACUACUGGAUCUCAAGGAAGACGUACUUUGUCUAGAAAUAAAUUGUCAUCAACAUCAUCUAAGCAUUCAACAAGUGCUAUUUCAAACAAUGACAGUGUAACGUCUUUAAAUGACAGUAAAGAAAUAUCAGUGGGUGGUAGGUCUUUGAGAAAUCAAUCUAAACAUUCAAAAAGUGUUAUUUUAAACAAUGAUAAUUUAACAUUUUUAAAUACCACUAUGGAAUCAUUAAAAACUAAAGGAUCUCAGAAAAGGCAGUCAAAGCGUUCUAUAAGUCCAACUUCAGAUAAUGAAAGUUUGAAAUCAACAAAUUCUACUACUGUAUUUUCAGGAGGACGUAGUUCAUCUAGAAAUAAAUCAUCAUUAUUGACAUCUAAACAUUCAACAAGUGUUAUUUCAAACAGUGACAGUCUAACAUCGUUAAAUGCCACUACAGAAAUUUCAGUAGGUAGUAAGUUGUCAAAAAAUCAAUCUCAACAUUCAACAAGUGUUAUUUCUAACCAUGACAGUUUACCAUUGUUCAGCGCCGCCACCAUGGGAUUAUUAGAAAGUAAUGAAUCUCCAAAAACUCAAUCAACAAGUCCUACUUCAAAUAUUGAAAAUUUAACAACUUUGAAUACCACUACUGAAUCAUUUAAACAAAAUGUAUUUUCAAUAAAUGAAUCAAUUUCAAAACAUUCUUCAUUAAUUAACGGCGGAAAAACAUCCAUUAAUGCAUUAAUACUUGGAGAUGUUAUAAAUAAUGUUAGUAGAAUGUCUACUCGAUCAUCAAAACGAAAAAGCAAUUGUUCGGGUAAUGUGGAACCUAUAACUUCAAUUAUUAUUGAUGGAUUAUCUAAUAGUGAUGGUUUAACAAUUAAAAAUACUACUACUGGACCUUUGGAACAAAAGACAUUGUCAAUAAAUCAAUUAAAUUCUUCACCAAAUAUUUCUAAAAAAACGUCCACCAAUGGAUUGAUACUAGAAGAUGAUACAAAUAAUAUUAGUAAAAUGUAUGCUUCAUCGUCCAAACAAAAAAACAAAUCUUAUGAUGAUAUCGAACAAAUAAUGCCAAAUAUUACUGAUUUCCUAUUGGUAGAAAAUAGACCAUCUAAAACUAGAGUACUGAGAUCUUCUCUGCAUAUUAAUAAAAAUAAAUCUUUACCAACUAAAUCAUUGACGUCAGAAAAUGAUGUGAAUAAUUUAUCUAUUGGUUCUACUAGAACUUCAAAACACAUGGCUAAUUUUAAUAAUGAAACUUUUGAUAAUAAUUCUGAUAAUUCAUUAUUUUGGACAACAUUACCUGAUGAAUCCACAAACAUAUCAAAUAUCCAGAAUGUAAAUAUGAAUACAUUUCAAACGCCUAAGAGAAAUAAAUUAUCUAUUGCAGAAAAUAUAGUUAAUACAAUUAAAAUCAUGUCAACAAAUAAACAAAAAUCAACUCAUCCAGGCGCUUUUGAACUUGAUGAUCAUAAUGAUGGACCAUUAACAAGAUCAUUAGUAACACGUUCACGUUCAUUUAAUCGCAGUCCUUCAAUUCUAACUGCAGUGUUUGGUGGACAAAAAACCUCAGAGUCAACGUCAUUGUCCACACCCUCUGAAAUUAUAUUUGAUCAAUCACAAGUUGAAGAAAAUGUAAAACAAAAGUUUAAGUCUCUGUAUAAGAAAGAAUCAUGGAUUACUAAACGUCUUUACAAAUUUUUAAUUAUUAAGCUGCAACCAAAUUAUAAUAUAUAUUCGGUGAAGUAUGCAGAAAAGUUUGUCAAAUAUUUAGCACAGUUAUUAAAGCAAAUUCUUAAAGAUCAAGUAAAUUUGCAGUUGUGCACAGAUAUGUUGAGAUACCACAUGGCGAGAUAUCACAUCAUCAAAGAUACAUUUGAUUACUUAGGAUUUUUGUGUGAUUACAUUCCAAUGGAAUAUUAUAAAAAGUUAGUUCCUGGGUGGAACCUUGAGACAUCAGCAGUAAAAUUUGAUCCACAAAAAUAUUAUAUUCCUCUCAUGGAUGAUGAAGAAUUUUUACAUUAUAUUAUGGAACACCUUAAUGAAGCUUAA